AUGGCCGAAGUUCCAGCUUCAUUUUCUCCUUCCUCUUCUUCAUCAACCAUUGAUGAUUUUAUCAAUCCAUACCAUCUCAGUAAUUCAGACCAUCAUAGUGUUGUUCUUGUUUCUCAAGUCUUGACUAGAGAUAAUUAUCAUACAUGGAGUCGAUCAAUGCUCACUUCUUUGAAAGCAAAGAAUAAGGUAGCUUUCACUGAUGGAUCUCUCCCUCAACAACUAAUUUCUGAUUCUCUUCACUAUCCAUGGAGCCGUUGUAAUAACAUGGUUGUAGCAUGGCUUCUCAAUUCAAUUUCUAAAGAAAUUGCAGCCAGUUUAAUCUAUGCAACCACUGCACGUGCAAUUUGGUUGGAUCUUCACGAUCGUUUCUCUCGCAGCAGUGGUCCUCGCAUCUUUCAACUCAAGAAAGCUAUCUCAGAUUUAUCUCAAGGUCAAUUUUCCAUUACUCAGUAUUAUACUCAGCUGAAAGGCUAA